AUGGCACAAUCUAAUCCAACAAAUGUUAUUCGUUUUUUACAUAUAAUUGAAAACUUGAAAAAAACCAAGAGAACAGGUUGGUUAGAUAAUGGAAUUAAACAAGCAGAAUCGAUUGCAGAUCAUAUGCAUCGCAUGUCAAUCAUGGCCAUGCUUGUUAAUGAUCCCUCUAUCAAUCGUGACAAAUGCAUCAAAAUGGCCAUUGUUCACGAUCUUGCCGAAGCAGUUGUCGGUGAUAUUACACCACAUGCAGGUGUGAGCAAAGAAGAAAAGUUUAGUUUGGAAAAGACUGCAAUAGAUGGAUUUAAAGAGAUGCUAGAUGAUACAGACAUGGUCAAUGAAAUGGCUAGUCUAUGGCACGAAUAUGAAGAAGCCAAGACACCAGAAGCAUUGUUUGUUAAAGACCUUGACAAGUUUGAAAUGAUCGUACAAGCUUUAGAAUACGAAAGAUCUGAAAAGAAAAACCUUCAGGGAUUCUUUGAUUCAACAAGAGGCAAGUUUCAGCAUCCUGCCGUAAAGGCUUGGGCAGAAGAAUUAUAUAAAGAAAGAUUAGAGUUAUGGAAAUAA